AUACUUUGAUCACAAAUGUCCGUCACCCACAAGAUUUGAAAACUACUGUAGAAGGAUAAAGAGUUGGAGAUAAACCUAAACAGUUCCACACACAACACAUUACUACAGUAUAAAUCAACAUUAUAUUUGAAAAAAGGAGGUUGCGCAGUUAGCCUUGUUUGUCAGUGAUACUGAGAAGAAGCUUGAAGGAUGUGCAGUGGUCGUAUAGCUCUGGGCUAUGUGGCCUGGGUCCUGCUGGGGUUUAUGACUGGACUGCACUGGCUGGUCUUUAUACCAGGCCUAUGUCUCAACCCUUACAGAAGCUAUGGCAUGUUCAGUUUGUGUGCCAUCUUAUCACACAUGAUAGCUUAUUGGGUUGCUAAUGUGGCAUUUUGGGUCUUUAGACAAACUAUGCUGCCUUGGUAUAUUCCCUGCAGUGGAGGAGAGGAUAUGUCACCAGCCUGUUUGUUUAAUGAGCAAGAAACCAGGUACACAGCUUUCUAUGUGAUCCACCUAAUCCUCCUGUUAUUCAUGUUGAUCAAGUGGAUCGUGGAUGGUUUGUUGCUGUGGUACUGGAUAAGACGAAGCGACCAGAAAGCUGCUGCGCAAGACGGUCACCAUGGGAUAAAGUUGCCGCAGUCGGAGUAUGGGAGUGAUGUACAAAGGAAGUGAUGUACAAAGGAAUCCAGUAACUGUGAAGUGCCAUUGGAACAGUACCAUAAAAGAACGUCAUUCCCUUAAAAUUUAUAAUCCAGAGAUAACAGUGUGUCCAAUAGGGGUAGUUAUCUAUAUUUUUUGACUUAGACGGAUUUUAUAGAAGAGCUUUAAAAACUGAUAAGAUUCUCAGAAUAUUUUCUUUAAAAUUUUAAUGUUUAUACUUUUAUCGAUUUGUUAUAUACUGCGUAUAUAUGUAUAAUUGAUAUUUAUGAUACAAAGGAAUUCCGUAUUACACUGUAGAUGUGACUUUUAUUAUUUUUUCCUUUCUCUUGACUUCUUGUAAAAUAAACAAAU